AUGUCACUUUUAAGCCGAUUUGCCGUGCUGAGCGUUGUCGCUCUCAGCUUCGAGACUCCGAUGACGCUAGCAGCGGAACCUGAAGCAACUUCGUGUGCGAAUGCCGGCUCAGCAAUUGACUUCAUCAUACAAAAGUCAGGCCACGUUGCCCGUUUCAACUGUCCUACGGCUUUGGAACAUGUCAACCCAACAUACAAAUCAGGCGACGAAACCGAAAUCUGCACUACAAUCGACUGUUCGAGCAAAGCCGCUAUGAAGACUCUUCUUAGCGACGCAUCACUCACAGAGGCGUCGGGUUCCGGUUCUUCUGGAGGGAAAGAUUACACACUGAAGGUCGACGUGUUGCCGGAAGAGGAUAGAAACAUUUAUUUCCUGUGCCAGCCAUCAGCGGCCUCGGUCUCAGCGUCCUCACUGCCGGUUCGACGCCUGGCUCCGGCUGUACCAUCGGACAAGUGCAGCGUACACAUUGUUGUAAAAGCAGCACCAAAGGCUCCGGUCUGCUCGGCGAAAGAUCAAACUCUUCAAGUACAAAUCACUGCAGCCAACUCAGACGCAUCUUUCGUGUGCGGAGGAAUUUACAAUAUCAGACCCACUGAUCCGACCAAAGUUUUUCAAGGAGACAGCUGUAUUAACGAAGCAGACUUAAACUCGCUAGUUCCAGGCGCCUCUAUCGCGACUACGGCAGAAAACGGUCUGACAAAGCUCUCCGUUAACAACCUUCCAGACCAGCCCACGAAACUUUGUUAUAGAUGCGAAGACGAUUCCCAAAACAUCUGCAAAGUACUGGUAACUGUUGCAGCAUCUCCAUCGAACGCCACACGUCUCGCGGCUCAGGCAACCCUUGGCGCUCUCCUGGCCGUUGCAGGACUGAUGUACAUGGCUUGA